GCGUGCGCGUCCGGGGGCAUUAGGGGGGUCCCCCGGGGUGCUCCCGGGCCUUCCCCGCCCCGGCACCCCGCGGAGGCAGCUCGGGGCGGUGGGCGCGGCCCCGGGUGGACCGGCACCGAUCGGCGCCCUGGAGGCUCUCAGUGGGGACCUCGUCGACGAGAAACCCGAGACACGUUUGCUGUCAUGGUGAGCGAGAGGCGUAAUGGCAACCUGCUUGUGCACCUGGGACCCAAGCUGCAGGCCUACCCGGAGGAGCUGCUGCGGCAGCGGCAAGGCCACGAUGGCCACCCCGAGUAUCUGAUCCGGUGGAGCAUCGUUAGCUUGGAGGAGAGAGCAGCAGGCAGCAGCAGUGGCUCUUGUGCGGAAACCAAGCCGGAGAACAUCCUGAUGUGGAUGUCAGCAGAAGAGGUCUGCGCCAGCUGCCCAGUGCUGCUGGGCAAGAGGAAGCUGGACGGGCGGUGGGUAAAAGAGGAGAAGGCGCCCAGCCCGUUCCCUGCCGAUGUCGUGCUGGACGAAGCGUCGCUGCUGGAGAUGAAGGCUGAUGUCAGGAGCCUGGUGCAGCGAGCUGUCCGGCAGAUGGCUGGGACCGGGGCUCCUGAGUCCUCCAUCCUCAACACUAUCCACGUGCUGAGCGCGUAUGCCAGCAUUGGCUCGCUGACGGGUGCCUUCAAGGAGACGGGAGCCCUCGACCUGCUGAUGAAGAUGCUGUGCCACAAGGAGAAGCAAAUCCGCCGCAGUGCUGGCAAGAUGCUGAGGGCUCUGGCUUCGCAUGAUGCAGGGAGCCGGGCCUAUGUUCUGCUGUCCCUGAGCCAGCAGGACGGCAUCGAGCAGCAUAUGGGCUUUGACAGCCGCUACACCUUGCUGGAGCUGUUUGCUGAGACGACGUCGUCUGAAGAGUACUGCAUGUCCUUUGAAGGGAUUCACCUUCCCCAGAUCCCUGGGAAGCUGCUGUUCGCCCUGGUGAAGCGCUACCUGUGUGUCACUUCUCUCGUGGACAAGCUCAGCAGUGGCACGGAGCAGGGAGGGGAGCCGCAGGAUUGUGCCGCACCCAGCUUGCUCGGUGGGGAGAGGAGCUGUGCGAAGCAGGAGUUUGAGUUCAGCAUGGCAAUGGCAAAUCUCAUCUUGGAGCUGGUGCACGUGAUGGGCUGGGACCACAGGCACAAGCCGGAGCUGCUGUCCCCGCAGAGGAUGCAGCCUCGCACCGCUCGCUCCAUCUUCCAGCCCAAGGUUCCGGCCUUCCCUGCUGCUCAAGCAACCCCCACUACCCCGCCAAAAGAGCCCAGUGCCUUCAAGACCCGCUCAGCCUUCCCAAGCCGCAGCAGCUACGUGGAGUAUGUGCAGGCAAAGCUGGUGCGCGGCAUGCGGGUGCGUAUGCUGGAGGAUUAUGAACAGGUCAGCGCAGGCGAUGAGGGCGACUUCCGCCAGAGCAAUGAUGGCACCCCGCCUGUCCAGGUGUACUGGCAAGCCCUGGGCUGUACGUACUGGGUUCACUGGCAUAUGGUGGAGAUCAUUGGCCCCUCAGGGCCAGAGGAGCGCGAGGCUCAGGAGAGGGUGUCCACCCUGACGCACAACCACAAGCUGGCAGCAGUUGCGCAGCCGCUCUUCUCCAAGCCCUUUGGGGGGCUGUACUCCCUGCCUUACCUCGGGGAGCAGCCAAGUGACCCCACAGAGACCCUGAGCCGUGCCGAGUGGUGGGAGUUGCUCUUCUUUGUGAGGAAACUGGAAGUGCAGGAGCAGGAUGAGAUCACCUGCCUCGUCCAACAAGAGCAGGCAGAGCAGCUGUCGGAGCUGGAUGAAGAAGGCCUGAUCCAGCUGUCGGUGUCUGCGGAGCUGGCCCAGAAAGUGCUGCGGGCGUUGGAGAAGCGGUGUGAGGGCAGCGCUCUGAGCGACCUCCGUGGCUCCCACGUCUAUGCCAAGUACUUCCUCGGCAGGGGAACUGAGCAGGAUGGCAGGAGGAGCACCAUGGUGUCCUCGGAGGGUUCCAGCUGCGGGAACACCAGCCCUGAAGCUGUGAAGGCUGAGGCGUCGGAGGAAGACCUUCCUGCAGUGGCGCUGCCACCUCGAGCCCCCGCCACAGUGGAGAAGUCAGAUUCCCAGCUGUUCAGCGAGCUCCUUCAGAGGGAAGGGCUGCUUUUGCCAGAGGUGACAGAGGAGCAAAGCAAAUUGUUUGGCAGCUCCAAGGGGGCCAGCAAGAGGGGCUUGCUGGCGAAGAUUGUGGACGUGGUGGAUGUGAUACAGAGGAGCAGCUCCGAGGUGGGCCUGCGCUUAGCUGGGCUCAAGCACAUCCUGAAGAUGCUGGAGGAGGAGGCUGGGCUUGAGCGGCAAGUUGGCAAAGCCCAGGGCGGGCUGGGGACCAGAGAGAAGGUGGUGAAGAUGGCAGUGGAGCUGCUGAGCACUGAGGUGGCGGAGAAGGCGCUGGUGACGGUGACGCUGCGGCUGCUCGCUGUGCUCAUGGUCAAGUAUGACUGGCGUGUGCUGUUUGCCACAGAAGGUGGUGUGCGGGCUGUGCUGGCCUGCAUGCAGCAGCACGCCUCCUCUGCCGUGGUGCAGCAGGCUGGCCUGGCGGCCCUGAAGGUGUUGGUGGGAGCCGGGAGCAGCGAGCCGGGAGGUGCCGGUGGGAAGCCCUUGCCCCUGAACCAUGCCGACGCGCAGAUGAUGCGGGAGAUCUUUGCCAGCAUCGGCUCUGCCUCCAGCGAGGGCUCAGCAAGCCUGCUGAGCGCCAUCCCUGCUGCCAUGAGCACCAUGCAGAGGGUGGCAGGGGGCUCCUCGGGUGUGCGGAAUGGCUUGCUGGUGGUGAACAUGCUGAUUGACAGCCACCAGGGUCUGGCAGAGCAGCUGGUGAGCUGCGAUCUCCCCGCAGUGCUGCGGAGCUGCUGGUGGGAAGGGCAGAGCACGGGCUGCGCCAGCAAGACGCUAGCCCUGAGCGUGAUCAACCGCCUGGCAGAGCACGAGGUGCCCCUGAGCCUGGAGACGGCAGGUGCCGAGGCCCCGCUGGACCUGGGGGAUGUGAACAUGCGGACGCUAGUGGGCAGCCUGUGUGAGGGCGGCCUCUCCAGGGAGGCGGUGGCGGCCCUGGAGCGGCAUCUCUGUGGCAAGGGCACCAUCCCCUCUGGCGAGGCAGGCCAGCUGCUGUGGGACCGCGAGUGCUUCGUGCUGCUGCUGCGCAGCUUCGAGCUGCUGGGGGCAGAGAAGGCUGCAAGCCUGAGCGUCCUCAGGAUCCUGAACAAGUUCCUGGACGGUUACCAGGAGGACCUGCUGCCGUGGCACGAGUGUGUUGAACCCUGUUUGUCCUCCAUGAGUGCCCACAGCAAUGACCAGGAGGUGGUACAGGAGGUCGUUCACUUCCUGCACCGCCUGGCCACCGCCAGCAAGGACUGUGCGGUGGUGAUGUGCCGUGUGGGCACCCACGAGGCUUUGGGCAAAGCCCUGGACAAGCACAGUGCGGCUCUGCCAUUGGCGCCAGCCCUGCGUGACCUGGUGAGCGACUGUGAGAAGUACGCCAGCCUCUACAGGAAGCUGACGACCAGCAUCUUGGCUGGCUGCAUCCAGCUGGUGCUGGGGCAGAUUGAGGAGCACCGCCGGAGCCACCAACCCAUCAGCAUCCCCUUCUUCGAUGUCUUUCUGCGCAACCUGUGCCGAGGCUCCAGCGUGGAGGUGAAGGAGGACAAGUGUUGGGAGAAGGUUCAGGUCUCCUCCAAUCCCCACCGCGCCAGCAAGCUCACAGACAGGAACCCCAAGACCUACUGGGAGUCAAACGGCAGCACUGGCUCCCACUCCAUCACUGUCUACAUGCAGUGUGGCGUGGUGAUCAGAGAGAUGAGCAUGCUGGUGGCCAGCGAGGACUCCAGUUACAUGCCAGCCCGUGUUGUGGUGCUGGGGGGAGACAGCCCUGCUAACAUCAACACUGUGCUCAAUGCGGUGAGCAUCCUGCCCUCGGACAGCAGAGUGAUCCUGCUGGAGAACAUGACCCGCUUCUGGCCCAUCAUCCAGAUCCGAGUGAAGCGGUGCCAGCAGGGCGGCAUUGACACGCGUGUGCGUGGCAUCGAGGUGCUGGGUCCCAAGCCCACUUUCUGGCCCAUCUUCAAGGAGCAGCUAUGUCGGCGGACGUUCCUCUUCUGCACUGCCAGGGCUCAUGCGUGGUGCCAGGAGAUUUGCCAGGACCGGGGGUGCUUGCUGCAGCUCUUUGGCAGGCUGAACCGGGCCCUGCGGCAUGAGCAGGCCUUUGCCGACCGCUUCCUUCCUGAUGACGAGGCGGCCCAGGCCCUGGGCAGGACCUACUGGGAGGCCUUGGUGAACCCCUUGGUGCAGAGUAUCACCAGCCCAGACCCCAGUGGCAUCAGCCCCCUGGCCUGGCUGCUAAGCAAGUAUCUGGAGAGUGUGGAGCUGCCCCGCUGUGCCACGAGCUGCAAUGCUGUCUUCAGCUCCCGCGUGCGGUGCCUGACCCAGCUCCUGGUGCAUGUGGACCCCAGCAGCGCAGAGCUGGAGGAGGCAAGAGCCCCUGGCAGAGCUGGUGGGAAGGACGGGAAGAACAAGGAGGUGCCAGCUGGGGCCGCAAAGGUGGCGGCAAAGAAGCCGAGUGGCCUGUGGGGCAUCUCGCAGUGCUGGCGUGGUGUGGUGCAGCAGCAGGUGCAGCGGUUUCUCGAGGCAGCAUGGCAGGCGCCAGACGUUGUGGAGAGAUACUGCAGGCUGUACCAGUGCCUGCGCAGCGCCACCGUGGAGCUCUUUGGGCAUCAGGCUGCUUUUGCGCUGGCCCUGGCACAGGGCUUCGCAGGGGCCUUGCUGCAGCUUUCCUUCCUGACUGCCCUGCACGUGAGUGAGCAGUUCGCCCGCUACCUCGACAGGCAGAUGCAGGAGCUGCAUGGGGUCGUGGGCAGCACGGGGCCGCUGCAGCAGAUCCUGGAGCCCUUUGUUGUCUUCUGUGGCCUGGAGCUCGCCCAUACCUUUGAGCACUUCUACCGGUACUACCUGGGGGACCGGCUCCUGGCGCAGGGGCCCUCGUGGCUGGAAGGGGCCGUCGUGGAGCAGCUUGGGUUGUGCUUCCCCGGUCGCUUCCCCCAGCAGAUGCUGAGCAACUUGGCCGAGUCAGAGGAGCUCCAGCAGCGGUUUUACCUCUUCCAGCUGCAGGAGCAGGACAAGCAGCUGCUGGAGCUGGACACGGGCCUGGAGAGCCCCGAGGACGAGGUGCUGGGGGAGGCAUCCCUGGCGGAGGUGCCAGAGGUGAAGGUGCUGGUCCUGUCCCCGCGCUGCUGGCCCAUUUCCCCGUUCUGCUACAUGGAUGAGCCCGGGAGGUUUUUCUCGGCAGCCCUCAGCUCCCCCCUGGCCAAGUUUGCUGACUUCUGGAGGCAGAGCCAGAGCCAGCUGGGCUGGGAGUGCACAAAGCCCCGGCGGUUGCAGUGGACGUGGCUGGGCCAUGCUGAGCUGCAGUUUGGAGACUGCAUCCUGCACGUGUCCACGCUGCAGAUGUACAUUCUGCUGCACUUCAACAGUGUGGAGGAGGUGGCUGUGGAUGCCCUGCUGCAGGCCACUGGGCUCCCCGUUGACCUGGUGCACCAUGCACUGACACCGCUGACCCACGGUGAGGGCGUCCUGGUGCAGAGCUGCACGCAGGGGGCUCCAGGUACUCUGCGGCUGAACCGAGUGGCCCUGGCUCAGGCCUCUGGCCGGCGCCUGAGGCUGCUGCCCCAGCAGACAUACCUGAGGGCAGAGAUGGCUGAAGGCAGUGCCUUGGAGAGGAAGAGGAACGUUCUCUGCUGCCUCAUCACCCGCAUCCUCAAGGCGGAGAAGCAGCUCCACAUUGACAACUUGGUGUUCAGGGUGAUUGACGCCUGUCAGAAGGGCGAGUUCGGACCGGGGUUGCAGUUCCUGAGCUUCUGCUGCCACAGCGUGGACGUGCUGUCCUGCAUCCUGCACCUGCUGAACCAGGGCUAUCUCCGGCGCCAGGAGGGGAGGCCCCAGGUCCUGGAGUAUGUCCCUACUGAGCCCUUGCCAGCCCCCACAUCCCAAAUCCAGCCUUUGGUUGCCUUUCAGACUGUAGAGAUAAAGAUGGCAGCAAGCACAGCCUCUGCCAAGAGGAGACAGACUUUUUCCACGUUCAGGUAGACAAGAGCUGGGCUGGGCAGGGAGGACACAGCCUAGGCCCAGCCAGCCCGUUCUUGAGGACGCUGGGGUUUUAUUUUUAAAUAAAUGUGCCAAGCUGC